UCCUCUGAUGUGUUUUCUGUCAUCUGCUAAAUUUCCCUAUGAAAGAUGAGUCGCAUAUUUACUGAAGUUUUGAAGUCAUUUUCAGGAGUAACUAAAUGUCAACACUUGAAGAUACAGUAUGUGGGAUGCGCGAAGCGGUAUGCGUCAUCGAGUGCAGCCAAACGUACAUGUCUGUAUGACUUCCAUUGUAAAAAUGGUGCAAAGAUGGUACCAUUUGGGGGAUGGGAGAUGCCUGUCAUGUAUGCACAACAAGGGGUAACAACUUCACACUUGCAUGUUCGAUCAGAAGUAGGACUCUUUGAUGUCUCCCACAUGUUACAAACAAAAUUUACCGGAAAGGACAGUAUAGCCUUCAUAGAGAGUCUGGUCGUUGGGGAUGUUGCAGCACUAAACGAGAACCAAGGAACACUAUCUCUACUCACUAAUACUAAAGGGGGAAUCAUUGAUGAUCUAAUUGUCUCUAAAACUCACCAAGGAUACAUUUAUGUUGUCUCCAAUGCAGGUUGUUCUGAAAAAGAUUUGGACCAUAUAAGGACAAAUCUUGCUGAAUCUCGGAGAAAAGGCAUGGAUGUUGACAUGGAAGUUAUAGAUAAUGGACUCCUAGCACUUCAAGGUCCUAAAAUGGCCCAAGUGCUUCAAACUGGAAUGAACAUUGACCUUUCAACUCUUCCAUUCAUGACCAACACUCUAACUACAGUGUUUGGUAUACCUGACUGUAGAGUGACACGAUGUGGUUACACAGGAGAGGAUGGGGUGGAGAUAUCUGUGCCUGCAGACAGGGCAGAAGAACUAGCCAAUGCCCUACUGAGCUCUGAGGCAGCAAAAGUACACCUGGCCGGUCUAGGUGCUCGAGACAGUCUUCGUCUGGAGGCAGGACUGUGUCUCUAUGGAAACGAUAUAGAUGAGGAUACCACUCCAGUUGAAGCUACCCUUUUAUGGACUAUUGGUAAGAGACGAAGAGCAGAGGCAAACUUUCCUGGAGCCGACAUCAUCCUACAGCAGAUUAAGGACAAGCCUAAAUCUAAACGUGUUGGUUUCUUGUCGACUGGUCCUCCUGCCCGAGCUGGCACUGUGGUGUAUGACGAGGCUGGAGAUCGCAUCCUUGGUAAACUAACCAGUGGGUGUCCUUCACCUUCCCUCAACAAAAAUGUCUCCAUGGGCUACAUUGAAACACCAUAUGCAAAAAAUGGAACCAAUGUCAAAUUUGAAGUCAGGAAAAAAUUGAUUAAUGCAACAGUUUCAAAAAUGCCAUUUGUUCCUGCAAACUAUUUCACAUGAACAUUUACGGUCCACCUAUCCGUCUUACCUACAUGUAUAUUGAUAAAAUUUACCUCCCAUCACAACCAGUCGUUAAAAAAUAUGUUUUUUAAUAUUUUUGUGACCACAUCUUUUGAACUUACAAACCAAUGAAUGGAUUUCUGUGAAAUUUGUCUUUUUCUGACUUUAAAGAUAAGAACUGAUGGCCAGUAAGUUGUACAACUUCAUCUACUAGGUUUCAGGAGGAUAGCCUACUUAGUGUCAUUCAAUUUAUCAGAAGAAGAGAAACAAGUUCUGGAAGUUCCCAAGCAGAAUAUUCUAGUAUUGCCUACAGCUGGUUGCCAGUGUGUUUAUAUGUGGCUUGGGAACUUGGAUUCAGGAGCAGCUUCUGAAAUGAUUCUUCCUACAUUAUCAACUCUUUGUAAACCACUAUGGAAUUCAUCUUCCGAUUUCUUUUGACUAGAACCCUUGAUCAAGAAAUUAUCAUGGCUUCUUUCAAAUUUCAUGCCAUUAUUGUCUUUAAAACCUUUUCGAACAUAUUUUGGUAAAUACUCUUGUCAUUGUGUUUAAAUGAGGCACUUGCUAUUCCAAGCUUAAGAAAUGCUUAAAAUUGUGUGUUUACACAUCUGCGUGGCCUUCAUUAUAAAUGUUAGAGCAAUGUUGCUGUUUGA